GACAUUUUCUCCUUACGCCGCUUAGUUCCAACCUGUAUUUCAACUACAAGUCUAAUCCGAGCAACGACUCGAUGAAACCUAGGGCCAUCAGCUCCCAUUCUUUAUUUGGGGAUGUGUUGCUGAAUCACCUAAGAGACUCGGUACCCACUCGAUGAUGGCGACCGAGCGAGUCGAAACUCAAGGGCAACGGAGGAAAAUACAAAAUCGGAUUAACCAGAGAGCACGAAGGCUGCGCAUGAGAGAUGCAGGCGACGUAGGCAAGACUGCCAGCCAGAAUCAAUAUCAAAUUGAGUGCUGGCGCCUAGACGAACACAAUAAUACCUGUGUUCAAAUCGAGACCCCCUUGGAUCCUUCCCCACGAUUGGGAAAUCGCCAACAAGAUCACAGCCAAGACGAUAGCAAUGGCAAUCGCUUCUCAAUCACUAAGAUAGAGCUCGAUACGAUGAAUUGCGACAACAUAAGGAGCGCAGCUCAGCUAUUCCACCUAAAGCUGUCACCAUUACAGGAUCACUUAUUGAGUCUUAUACAAUUCAAUGUCCUACGUGCUAUCUUUAGCAAUAAAUCUACGCUCAUGAGUUCAGCGGCAUAUUUUAAGAUGGUUAAUAUAUCGAAUAAGCCACAAAUUGAACGCAUUCAGGAUUGUUAUCCUACCCGAGCAAUAGUCGUCUCAGCAUCAAGUGGAAUUCCCGUCUCGCUUCUUCCAACACAGCUACAAGCAACUGUCGAGCACUCGACAUGGAUCGAUCUGAUACCAUUCCCAAGAAUGCGGGAUAACCUGAUCAAACCCAAGGCCGAGUAUGAUCCCGUUGAGCUCGCUCGUGAUAUCAUUGGCGACCUCGUCGACUUUGCAAGCGCCUACGACCUUAGUCGUCCAUCGGAUACAGAUGAUGCAGAGAAUGCAUUAGAUUGGUCAAAGCGCGAGAACGAAAGCACUGCUGGUCGAAACGGACUUGUGAUAUGGGGGGAACCGCACUGCCCGGAGAACUGGGAAGUUACUCCUGGUUUUCUGCAGAAGUGGCGCUGGACUCUUGAAGGUUGCCAAGACGUGUUGGACUCAAGCAACCGUUGGAGGCUGCUUCGGGACGAGGAGCCUCUCACUACGAUUGACUAAAUGUUAUGGAAUUAGUAAUGCAGAGAGUUGCAUCCGCUGGUGAAUCCCUCACCUGGCCCCAUUCCCUUUUAUCACGGCGGCAGCGGAUGCAUACAAUGUGUCCGGGGACACAACAGCAGCCGCAGAUGAAGCUCACGCCGAGCGAUGGCCAGUGCACACUGUUUGCGGGCCGGGCCCGUGGGGCACAGCCAUAGGGCCCACAGGCUAGGAUCAGUGGAUGCCCAGAUGUCCACUGCAAUAUUACACAAAGCUUGGGAUACCUUACCUCUCUUGGCGCAACAAGACUUCCAAAUAGUAAUUUACAUUGUCAAAGGCCCCCAUGAAAAUGAAAUGCUAGUAAUAGUCGAUAAUUAUCCAUUUUUUUAAACCAUAG